UAGAAGUUCUCUUUUAGGAUAAAAACAACUAAAUAUUUAGGAAAAAUAUUAUAUUAUAAAAUUAAUAAAAAAUAAUCGUUGAUUUAUAUUGAAAAAAUGAGUAAAGUUGUAGAAAAAGCUACAGAUUUUUCUGGACUGCAUGCUGCGUUUACGGAAACAUUACAAAAGGCAUUUGAUGAGGAUGACGUGAGGAUUUUAAGGAGGUCGUAUGAUAGUUUCUCGUACAACACUGACCACGAUAAAAAGCCCCCAAUGGACCAGGCGUUUAGAGAAUUAUUAAUAUUCAAAAUGAGCAAUGACGUUCAGAUGAUCGGGAAGUUGGUGAAACUGUCUGUUGCCGCUGUAAGGGCCGAAAUAGUGUCCGUGACUAUACCGGUGGUGUUGUUAGGUGAUAUUUUCGAAACAGUCACUCUGGACAAGUGUGAGAAGAUUUUCAAUUACGUCGAAGAAAUGGUGGAGGUGUGGAAGGAGGAAAUAUUUUUCUCCUCCUGUAAGAACAAUAUACUGCGAAUGUGCAAUGAUCUCUUGAGACGUCUAAGUCGUGCACAAAACACAGUAUUUUGUGGACGAAUUUUGUUGUUUCUUUCGAAAUUCUUUCCAUUUUCCGAAAGAUCUGGUCUAAAUAUAGUUUCUGAAUUCAAUUUGGAAAAUGUCACAGAUUAUGGUAUAGAUGGUAAAGACCUAGAUGACACAUUGGAGGACAUUGAAGAUAUACCCAUUAAAAUCGAUUACAAUUUGUAUUGUAAAUUUUGGUCACUUCAAGAUUUCUUUCGCAAUCCGAACCAAUGUUACAGCAAAGCAUCUUGGAAAAUGUUUCAAACCCAUGCAAGCACAGUCCUAGAGUCUUUUGCCAGUUUUAAGCUUGAAGACACUCGGUCUAGUUCCUCACAAGAGGACAGCGGCGAUGAUUUUAGUGAAAAAAUGGACUUGGAUGAUGGAUAUAGCAACGACUUUAAAUCCGGAAUUGUCCAAGCCGUUCAAAAGGUCGACAAUUUCUUUGCUAAAUUUCUAACGAAUCCUAAACUCUUGGCUUUACAACUCUCAGAUGCUAAUUUUCGCCGUGCAGUUUUAGUACAAUUUCUAAUUUUAUUUCAGUAUUUACAACUUACUGUUAAAUUCAAAUCUGAAUCAAAUACGUUGACAACUGCUCAAACUGAAUUUAUCAAAGAGACAGAAACAAAGGUUUAUCAACUGUUAGAAGAAACACCUCCAAAUGGUAAACGUUUUGCUCGUACCGUAAAACACAUGUUAACUCGUGAGGAAAUGUGGAACAAUUGGAAGAAUGAAGGAUGCAAAGAAUUUAAAAAACCGGAAGACUCGUCAUUAGAUGAAAACCCACCACCUCCUAAAAAAGAACGUAAAACUUUGGGUGAUUGUUUAAAAGAGGCGAACGGACAAUCAAAAUUUUUCUUGGGCAAUGAUGUUCUUACGCGUUUGUGGAACUACUCACCAGAUAACUUACAAGCGUGUAAAAGUGAGGAACGCAACUUUCUGCCUCAAGUCGAAACUUAUUUAGAAAGUUCUCGAGAUAAAAAUGAUACAUCUUUCGAAUGGCGUGCAUUACGUUUACUUGCACGACAAUCACCUCACUUUUUUACGUUUAUCAAUUCGCCAUCAUACAAAAUUUCCGACUAUUUAGAAGCUGUCCGCAAACGUUUGACUAAAGAACGUUUGGAUGCCGCGAAGCAAGCGGCAACUAAUGCUAACGGUUCGAACCCAGAAAAUACGACAAUUUUAUCGGAAUCACAUGAGCAGGAAACAGUUGCCUUGCAGGAACAAGAAAAUGAUCACGAUGGAAACGAUGAAGGUGUUUUAGGAGAUGAGGAUGAAACGAAUGAUUUGGAAAAGCCAGAUGAGGACAACAACACGCAUUCUAAGCCAGUUACGGCAUCCAGAGAACAAAUAGAGGAAUUGGCGCCAUUAAUAGGCGACGAUUGGAAAAGAUUGGGGAAAAAAUUGGGAUAUACUGCCGACGAGUUACUUUACUUUGAAACAGAACAUAGUGAACGUGAUGGUGGCUGUGUAGCUAUGCUCGUCAAUUGGUUUGGUGAUGAUGACGACGCUAGCUUAGACAAUUUAGCAUAUACUAUGGAGGGUCUGGAAAUCAAUACUGCCGCCAAAGCUGUUAAAGCAUUAAUUGAACGUUUAUCUAGCAAGGUUACCUCUAUACGAGAUGACGGGGAUGCUGUGGACAUUAAAAUGGAGACGAUUGAUUAAAAGACAUUAGUUAAUAAUAUUUCCUAAUUAUUUCUUCAUUUUAUUUAUUCAAAUUAAUUCAUGUUUGAAAUGAAAAUUAAAAUUCGAUUUACAAAAAUAAUUUAUCACAUGUUUUAGGAGUAAAUUAUGCAUUAAUUAUUUUUUUACGCAUAAGCAUUAAAUAUUAGUAAAAUAAAAAACAAAUAAACAAA